GGCUCAUUAGAGUCUUACACCCUCAUUGACACCAGCAGCUAGAGAGAUCCCUCAGUGCUAAUGUAUUUUUCUUGUAACUUUACAAGUCGUUAAAAAUUGAUAAAACAAAUAAGGAAGGAAACGUAGCAGCAUAUUCUCUACGCUUUCCGGCGGUGGACGGUGAAAUGGCUGACGAUCUUAUUUCUAGGAGUCUUUCCCUAAAGAUUGUGGAAAUAAGCUCAUUGAUCAUCUUGAAUGUUCUGUCCUUGACUGGAAACACAUUGGUUUGUAUUUCAGUUUACAAGAACAACAGACUUCGCACUACCACGAACUUAUACAUCAUCGCUCUAGCAGUAAGUGACUUGCUUUCCGCUGUUUUUGUCAUGCCCCUUGGAACUGGUGUACUAAUAACCAGCCAAUGGAGUUUUGGAGAGGUUCUUUGCCAGCUUCACGCUUUUUUCAGUCUUUUUGUGAUCUACGUUUCUCCUGUGACUAUGGGACUGACUGCUGUUAACAGAUAUGUGAGAAUGUGCAAAUCUGACCAACAAUAUAGAAAAUUGUUUUCAGCGCGCAAGUCACGGGCCUUGCUUAUCAUGGUGUGGUCAUUUGUCGCAUGUUAUGUCCUUGUUCCUCGCCUAACUGGUCUACAAGGCUUUGAAUUUGUUCAGGGCUAUGCACAAUGUUCCUUGGCUCAUUUUAGCGAAAGCGGAAAAAUGAUUCAUUACGGGAUCGUUCUAACACUAUUCUUCUUGGUCCCGCUAAUGUCUACCAUUAUCAGCUACAUAAAAGUUGCCAAAAUGAUCAGACAACACAACAUGGGGGCGUCUUCAACGAUUCAGAGAUCUACAGGAAACGUAGCGAUAAGUGCGCACGAGAUAAAAGUGAGUAAAUCGCUUUUUGCUGUUGUGUUUGCGUUCAUGAUCUGCUGGAUUCCAUUUUGGGUGAUUGUCAUCUUGAGGCGCUUCAAUUUGGUGGGGAAAAUGCCUCGGAGUUUUGAGUUACUCUGCAUGUUUCUCCUCUACUUUUCCAACACAAUCAAUCCUUUCAUAUAUGCUGGCAUGAAUCACUUGUUCAAACGUGAGUUCCGAAAAAUAUUAUGCUGCGAAACUAAGGGCAGAGUUGGAGUCACUGCAACAGAAGAUGGAACACAAAGUGCAACUGUAAUCGGAAAUGCUCUAACAAGUCGAAAAGACAACUAUCACAUUCGUCCAGAUAACAGCAAUGAAGGGAAUUUUGAAGAGCUCAAAUUCACCACAGUAACUAUUUGCACUGGUGAAGUUGUCUCUCAAGGAAAGCUAAACAAAAGUUUUUAAGUGCAGAAU